ACAACAGACCGCCUGAAGCCGAAGGGUGAACAGUUAUUCAGUACUUUACAUUACUGCUUCAUAUCUAUCUGCUAUGGUCUGGUUAUAAGUACGAAAUCUACUGUGCUGCCCAUGAGCAGAUCAACUUAAUCAUAAUUAUCCGCAUAGUCUGAGUUUACGAUCAUGGACAGCAGGGAAGACAGUGAUGUGCGUGCAGAGCUACUGCAGGUGGAGGUAGAGCUACAGAAGGUGGAGGAGCAGAUCUCUGAGCUGCUACAGAGACAGGAAGAGCUGGAAGAUGUGCGCAAAGCUCUGCUGUCUCAGCUGGAGGAGGGUUCCAGGGAGGGGGCCUCCUCUUCAUCCUCAUCCUCCUCCUCCUCACAGGGAGCAUCGGCCAUCACCAAACAGGAACUAAAGCGCUAUGACAGAACAGAUUUCUCCUGGUCAGAUGAGGCACAGCGCCACCUACAUGACACAUUCCAUCUGCGUGAGUUCCGCCCUCUGCAAUUGAGGGCCAUAAACCUGACUAUGUCCUCCAAAGACCUGUUCCUCGUCAUGCCCACGGGCCGGGGUAAGAGCCUGUGCUACCAGCUGCCUGCGCUCUGCAGCCCAGGCUUCACUCUGGUGGUCACCCCUCUGGUCUCGCUCAUGGAGGAUCAGAUCAUGUUCCUGUGUUCUCUGGAGGUGCCUGCUGCCAUGCUCAACGCCUCCAGCUCCAAGGAGCAUGCAAAAACAGUGAUGGCGGCCAUGGCGGACCCCAAGAGUCCCUUUAAGCUGAUCUACGUGACUCCGGAGAAGAUCGCCAAGAGCAAGCUGCUGAUGUCACGUCUGGAGAAGGCGUACAAGGCCCAGCUACUGAGCCGCAUUGCCGUGGACGAAGUACACUGCUGCAGCCAGUGGGGCCACGACUUCAGGCCUGAUUACAAGAUGCUGGGCAUCCUGAAGAGGCAGUUCCCGCAGGUUCCUCUGUUAGGCCUGACUGCCACAGCCACCUCCAGCGUGCUCCAAGACUGUGAGAAGAUCCUGAAUGUGUCACAACCCCUCACCCUGACUGCCUCCUUCAACCGCACCAACCUCUACUACGAGGUGCGAUUCAAAGCUUCAGACAGAGAUGGCUCUUUAAAUGACAUGGCCUCGCUGAUCAAGAGGAAAUACCUGGGCCAGUCAGGGAUUGUGUACGUCUUCUCCCAAAAGGACGCAGAGACGGUGUCCUCAGAGCUGCAGAAGCAAGACAUUGUGGCUUACCCAUAUCACAGCAAUAUGGACGCCAAAGACAAGUCCAGGGUCCACCGCAAAUGGACCUCCAACAAGAUCCAGGUUGUGGUAGCCACAGUGGCCUUUGGUAUGGGCAUAGACAAGCCUAAUGUCCGCUUCGUGAUCCACCACACAAUAAGCAAGUCCAUUGAGAACUACUACCAGGAGAGCGGCCGUGCAGGCCGAGACGACCUGCCUGCAGACUGCAUUGUCUACUAUGGCUUUGCAGACAUCUUCAGGAUCAGCACCAUGGUGGUCAUGGAGAGUGUGGGCCAACAGAAGCUGCUACAGAUGGUGGACUACUGCCAGACUGUGGACAGGUGUCGGCGAUCUCUCAUGGCUGUUCACUUUGACGAAGUGUGGGAGGAGAAGGACUGUAACCAGAUGUGUGACACGUGUCGCCAUAGAAACGACUACAACUCAGUGGACAUCAGCCCUCAUGCACGGCAGGUGGUGCAGAUCCUGGAGCUGGCUGCGUCUCAGGACGAGAAGCUGACUCCCCUGAAGCUGCUGGAGGCCUGGAGUGGGAAGGGCCCAGCCAAACACAGGAAGAUGAUCCAGAUCACCACCCUGGGGCGGCAUGAUGCAGAGGCUGUGCUGGUGCGCAUGCUGCUGCUGGGAUAUCUCAGGGAGGACUUCAGCUUCACACCCUACACCACACACUUCUACCUCAAACUGGGUAGGAAAGCUCCCCUACUCAAGAGUGCCACCCACAGACUGAGCAUGAACAUGAGAUCCUCAGGGGCCGCUGCGGUAAAGCUACGUGUUGUGGGUGACAAAGAGCGGAGCAAAGAGCCAAAGCCAUCAGGCCAAAGCUCAGAAGAUGGCCCCGAGAGCAAGAAGGCAAAGAGGGGACUCUCUUAGCUCUGCCCUGCCCUGGAGCAAAGACACACGGUGCAGCUCUCGGCAGGUGCGGCAGGAGCAGGUGUAGAGCACCCGGGCCAACAUAAGGAGCACACAGAGACACACAGAUCUGAGGAGGACACAAGAGAGGACAGGAAAAAGUCCUGCUCACAAACCAGCACCGACACAUGCCCCUCUGUUCUUGCCCAUCUCUUCUCAGUGCUGUCAAUAAUCUCACACAGCACCACCAAGGAGCUGUGCCACCUACAGGACUACUACCCCCGAAAGCUCAGGAGGAUACACUAUUACUGUGUUAUUGACAUUGACAGGGCGUAUCAAGAUGAGACCCUGAUUCUCCUCUGAGCCUGAGGACAGGGCUGUGUAAAGUUCAUGUUUGUCUGGUGUCUAUGCCCCUGUCUCUGCUUCUGGGCUGUGUCUCUAUGGAGAAAAUGAGGUUGAGUGUCAUACUUCUACUGUAAAAUGAUCCCCAUGUAACCGAAUAUGAGACAUGCUGCAGCAGAAGAAUGGGAUGUUGUCAGUUUUUGUUCG